GCCAAAUCUUUGUUGAAUGUCAUAAAGCAGGAACAGAUGGUCCCUGUAGGCGAUGUUAGCAUUGAUGCAGAGAAAGCAAAUGAUUUUCUGACUCACUCCAGACCAAAGCGUAAUGCGGACCCUCGGUGGUACAGAGGAAACCCAGACUUCCAGGCUUACUACAAAUACUACAGCAGCAUCGGACACACUGAGGGGCUCUAUGAGAUCGACAAGCUGCGAAUGCUCUACCAGCAGAUGAGGUACCUGGAGCACACCUACGGCCCUGAUGCUUCCUAUUUCCAGAGCAAACUGGGAGUGCCUAUGAUCAUGUGUGACCCAGCCACAGACAAGAAGUGCAAAGUUGUUGCUCCUCCUCCUCCUCCACCGCCAAUGAAAGGGGUCCCAAGACCCACAGAGCCUCCUGCUCUUCCUAUUGCUCCAGCCAUUUCACAGGCCGAUGUGCUCUACCUGUGUAACCAAAAGGACCCCCUCUGCAAGCCUCACAUUGUCUACAUGCCCACAGGUGCAGUACCUGUGCUCUGUGACCCUCGGUACCACCCCCACUGCACUCCCCAGAAGGUUGCACCAGCUCCCGUGGCAGUGCCUCAACCACCUCCUCCUAAGAAAUCUGGCCCACCUCCAGCUCCCCCAGUCUUUGUCAAGAAGUCUCCCCCAGCUCACAUCCGCACCUUUAAGGGCAUGGAGUACGAUUGUGACCCCUACUGGGAUCCCGACUGCCUGAUUGACAACCCACCCAGGCCCAUCAAAGGAAAGGUUGUGGUCCCGCCACCCCCUCCGGUCGAGGAGGAAGAAGAGGAGGAACAUGUGGAGGAGCCAGCACCUCCUGCACCCAUUAAGAAAGUAACCUACUACCCUCACCCUUACUACUACCAGCACCCUCUACCCUACAACCCCAGGGAUGAUCUGUACGAUCCAGCCCGCUUCCAGUACCCACGGCCUGCUGAUGCUGCUGAUGAGCCUGCAGAGGAGAGCCAGUAA